CAUGCUUUUCUCUGUGGAUUACGUGUCUUUCUUUAUCUAAUCAAAGACCUCUCAGACCUCUCUCUCGAAUAUCCUUUAUCCUUAAUUGUCUUCUCUAAGCCUCUCAAUUUCUAAAACCUCGUUCUAAUCGAAAAUCUUCUUCUUUUUAUACGUUAUCUCAAACGCCCGAAAACUCAUAAUCAUCCCUUCAUUUCUCUUAAAUGUUAUCCUCUCCUUCUUUCUCGUGAUUCUGACAUCGAUUUGAUCGAGAUUUGUCUGGUUCUUCGAAUCAUUAAUCUUUUUGGGGAUUCGUUAAUUCUUGUCGCCUUCUCUGAUCCCAAUGUUCUGACAGAGCUGAGUGUCGUUUUCUGAGUGACAUCAAAUCAUGUCUUUUUGUAUGUGUUUUGGUCCGAUAUCUAGAAACAACCUGACACGGAAUAAAAAACUCACAGGCAAUACUGCUUGUCAGGAAAGCAGCCUUGAGAGGCCAACUUCCCCAGCCGACACUGCAGAAGCAGCUCCAUCAUCUUCUCUAGAAACACGGCUAAGGUAUGAGCUCGACACACGGAGAUUCGAAUACCGUGAACUCGCAAACGCAACGAACAACUUUAGUAGAGAAUCCUUGAUAGGGAGAGGAGGAUUCGGCCCUGUCCACAAAGGACAGCUUGAAUGUACUGGACAGUUGAAGAAUGUGGCAGUCAAAAUUCUUGAUCCCAGUGGCUAUUACACAACUGAAGAAGAAGUUUUAGAUUGGAGAACAAGGAUGAAGAUAGCUGCAGGAGCAGCUAGAGGAUUAAGACACUUGCACUGUGAGGCUAACCCUAUUGUGAUUUACAGGGACUUUAAAUCUUCAAACAUAUUGCUAGACAACGGAUACAAGGUGAAACUCUCUGAUUUUGGACUUGCUAAAUUUGGUCCAAAGGACGACAAGACCCAUGUCUCUACUAGAGUUAUGGGAACUCAGGGAUAUUGCGCACCUGAAUAUGCUUUUAGCGGAAAAUUGUCAACCAAGUCUGACAUUUACAGCUUUGGAGUUGUAAUGUUAGAGCUUAUCACUGGACGCAGAGCUAUUAUUGAAUCACCCAUAUGUCAUAGCCGUUUACUUGUGCAUUGGGCAAGGCAACAUUUUAUGAAUAAAAACAUAAAGAAAAUUGUAGAUCCAAUGCUACGUAGACAAAGUGAUUUCAUGAAAGAAAAAACCUUGGAAAAAGCGCUUGAAGUAGCAUUUACGUGUGUGAAAGAAGAUCCAUACGCUAGACCAUCGAUCAGCGACGUAGUAGAUGCUCUCGAUUAUAUAAUUAUUAGCUUGAGGAGAAGGAAGAAGAGAAAGAACAUUGUACAUGGAGAAGGAAUAGAAUUGGAGACCGUACCAUCGAAGGAAACAAUGAAGACGUUGAAUCGCAAUGAAAAUGAUGAAAAUGAGAGACAGAGAGCCGUUGCUGAAGCUAAAAAUUGGGCUGAAAAUGCGAGAUUACAGACGCCAAGCAAAAUGCCAGCAAUUCCAAAUUCUUAUUAGUGAAUCAAAUGUUUUUCUUUAGAUUUUUUUUACUGUACUGUGCAAAGACUUCAUAGUUUUUUUGGGUUAAAAUUUGUAUACUUUUUUUUUAACCUCAAAUUGUUCCAACUAUUUAGUUCUUUGUACAUGUUAUCAUUUUUAUCCUGAC